GACAACAGAUCCCAAACACCUCAACUUACACCUCUGACAUGUGACAGAAGAGAGAUACUCGUCACGUAUUCACGGUUCCACGGUCAACAUUAUCAAACCUCUCGGAUCAGCUAGCAAAAAAGUUUCGUCGCAUCCAACGCUACUCAUCAAGCAAAGAAAAAUGCCGUUCAAAUUUCAUCUAAAAAAAAGUCGACAAUACAAUGUUAUAUCUAAGAAUCAGUAUGUAAUUUGUGUCGAGCUUUUGGACACAGGAUCAAUAGAAUGUACCUUGGAUGUACAAAGCCUAGGUCACGAAUGUCUAACCAAUGUAGCACAGAGGCUAGGUCUUGGACAGCCAGAAUUCUUUGGACUGAGUUAUAUCUCUCACCAUGGAUCGCCAGCAUCGCGCUGGGUCCAGAUGGACAAACCUCUUAAACGGCAACUUGAAAAAGAAGCUAGAAGCUUUAAUCUGCGACUUAGAGUUAUGUAUUUUAUUACCGACAUCCAGCUCAUACAGGAUGAAAUAACGAGGUAUCACUACUAUCUUCAACUGAAAAUGGAUGUUAUUGACGGUAGAAUUCAUUGUAAUCCUAGAGAGGCAAGCACCUUGGCAAGCUAUUCAAUGCAGGCAGAGUUCGGCAAUUAUGACCCUCAACGACAUACUGCAGAGUAUCUUCGGCAGUGCAUGCUAUUUCCAAAAAACAUUAUACAAACUGAUCCUGGUGGGCAAGACUCAUUACUUUCAGCAGCCAUUAUUCGAUACAAGAGCCUUUCUGGUCUUACACAAGCAGCUGCAGAAGAACUUUACGUAUCUAUUGCUGUACAACUAGAGGGCUAUGGCCGAGAAACAUUUGCUGCUAAGGAUGAUGCAAAUAAUGAAAUCUUUCUUGGAAUUUCAAUGAAUGGAAUUAUCAUUGGGUACUCCAACGUGCAGUUGACAUCAUUUUACAGAUGGAAAGAUAUCAGCAAUGUAAUCAAUCAUAAAAAGACAUUCAAAAUUGAGUGUCAAGCUGAAAAUGAAGAACCCAAACAGUUUCACUUCACUGAUGCACGAACAGCGAAGUAUGUCUGGCGAUUAUGUAUAUCUCAGCACACAUUCUACAUGCAACACCAAGAGUCUAAUCUCGUUAAUAAAAUGAGUAACAGUCAUCUAGAUCCUGAUAAUAUUGAUAUAAGGGAUGAAAUAAGAGAUGUAAAUAUCGAUAAUGAAGCCAAGGCUGCAAGUCAGGCACAUUUCAAUAGCUGCAAUGAUAUAUCCUCGUCGCCAUUCCCUGUCGCUGCAUCGUCCAUCGAUAUGGAUACACUUCGCGCCUUACUUCCAUCUUAUAGACCGGCACCUGAUUACGAUACUGCCGUACAAAGAAAAUAUAAUACUGCCCCAAACGGUUCGCAUCACUAUUACGCGAACCAAUCUAAUGUACAAUCGUCCUCACUCGCGCACGAAGUUUGUAUGUCAACAAUUAUCAGCCCUGAAUUAUCGUGUUUACUCGGUAAUGCGGUGAACAGAAGUAGAUAUUGAUUAAUUUAAACAGAAUUUACGAAUAUUCAAAAGAAAACUGUUAAUCAUACAUAUCGUUUAUAACAAGUGCCUCUUACUCUGGAUAGUUGUGUAAUUUAUGUAAUAAAUAUUAACACAUCGUACUGUAUAAAUGCGUAAUAAAUUUUUUUUUUCUUUUUUUAAAGUCAUUAAUCCAUGUCAUUAGAACACACUGUAAAUUGCUCGCAUUUUCAUCAUAAUCGUAAAGGUACGAUGAAACUACUGUACGUUUUAUCAUAUUUAUUUAUCAAGAAUAAAUGCCUGAUUCAGGUAAAUUAAUGUCGUUUUUUUUAUUUAUACCAAUAUCAACGACAAUCAAAUUCGACUGUUUCGUAUAAAAAAAAAUAAUUCAAACGUUUUAUUCCAAUUAAAAAAUACAUAAAUAAUUAUAAGGAUCUGGCAACAGUUACCCUUCUCUUUCACAAACAAAGUAGAACCGCUAAGUACUACAAACUUUCGUGAGAUCUUGGUGCGCGCAGCAUAGUAAACAGUUGAAAACUUCCUAUACAAGCACUUACUUCUCUGUAACAAAAUUAUACUGUCGAUCUUGAAUACUGUUCGCACUAUUUAUUAGAUAAAAGCAAUAUAUGCAUAUAAAAAUAAUUGACCAAUUUCCGUGAAUAAAGAAAAUAGAGAUGUAAACAGCUACCGAUGUCAGAAAUGAAUUAAAAGCUUUGUUUAUGCAAAAACCAUACACAAUAGAGUGAAUUGUCCUAAUCUGUGACGUGCUAAAUUCACUUAGUGAGUGUUGCUGGGUCCCA